AUGUCCAACGCUGACUCACAUGUCUACCCUAAGACGGCCGACUCGUCCAUCAACAGGCACAAGGAAAGAGACGGCAUAAUCAACUCUACCCCGGUAGCCCACGUCUCUUUCACCCCAGACCCCAAGGACCCUAAGCCGGUGGUCCUGCCCAUGAUCGCCCGCGUCGGUUCCUUCAACGACCAGGAGCCUGCAGUCUACAUACACGGCUAUGUCUCAGCCCGCAUGUUCCGGGCCCAGACGGGACGCCCAGAUGGACAGCCGGCAACCGGGGACAGCGACGAAGGGUUCCCCGUGUGCAUAGCCGCCACCAAGAUCGACAACCUCGUCCUGGCGCUCACACCCUUCAACCACAGCUACGACUAUCGCAGCGCCGUCGUCCACGGCACGGCAACCCUGCUGGACCCGGGCACACGGGCCAGCCCCGCCAACCGCGACGAGAUCGUCUAUGCGAUGCGGCUAAUCACCGAUACCAUGGUGGCUAACCGGUACGAUAACAGCCGUGAACCCGAAGAGGCUGAGAUUGCGGCCACACGCAUCCUCAGGGUGCGGAUUGAUUCCGCGUCGGCCAAGAUCCGGGACUCUGGAGUUAGCGAUGACGCUAAGGAUUUGAAGAAUGAGGAGACUACUUCCCGGGUGUGGACUGGUGUUAUUCCUUAUGUCGAGGUACUGGGCGAACCGCGGCCGGCUGCGACGAACAAGGUCACGACUAUCCCGUCGUAUAUCGAGGAGCAUGUCAGGGGCCAUAACGAGAGGGCGGGUGGGCAGACCACGGCAGGUGGAUUCGUGGGCAAGGUAUUAGGAUCAUUAUUUGGUCGGUAA